AUGCUCCGUUCCACAUAUCCAGUACAAUGGACGGCCAUUUUCUGUGCACUGAUCUCACCGAAGAACGAGCGAUUAGUUGUCACCAUUUUGCUUAUCUGCACGUGAUGGACACACGGAAACACAGAUGACCACGAAAAUAUUGUAGAUGUAGCACCUAUUGCAUGUAAUUAUUUUUUUUGAUAAGUAGAAACGUGAUUAAACUAUCUUGUAUUUUUAACACUGCGCUUGCAAGAUAUUAUGGCUGCGUCAUUAAAAUCAGAGGAACAUCCAAGGAAUUUGAUUCCUGAGUUAUGUCGUCUUUUCUAUAAUCUUGGAUGGGUAACAGGAACAGGUGGAGGAAUAAGCAUAAAAUCUGAAGACAAAAUUUAUAUUGCUCCAUCUGGUGUUCAGAAGGAGCGCAUAUUACCAGAAGAUCUGUUUGUACAGGACAUUGAGGGACAGGAUUUGGAACUGCCUCCACCAGAGAAGCAGUUGAAGAAGAGUCAGUGCACACCACUGUUUAUGUGUGCUUACAAAGCCCGUAAAGCUGGUGCAGUAAUUCACACUCAUUCCAAAGCAGCUGUCAUGGCAACAUUGCUGUAUCCUGGGAAGGAAUUCAAAGUUACCCAUUUGGAGAUGAUAAAGGGAAUACGCAAUCAGAAACUUGGCCGAAACUACAAUUAUGAUGAAGAACUUGUGGUUCCUAUAAUUGAAAAUACCCCAUUGGAAGCAGAUCUGAAAGAUAGGAUGUCUGAAGUAUUAGAAGAAUACCCACAGACAACAGCUGUUCUUGUCCGACGGCACGGUGUAUAUGUCUGGGGUGACACUUGGCAACAGGCCAAGACCAUGACUGAGUGUUAUGAUUACUUGUUUGAUGUAGCAGUAAAAUUGAAGCUUUAUGGCUUGAAUCCACAAGAGACACCAGAACAAUAUGAACUGAAAAUUCAGAAAGAAGAUGCCUUGCUGAAUAAUGGAAGAUAAGAUGUAUUCUGGCUGCAUUAACAUUAAAAGUGUGGAUGAAUAUGCAGAAUUAACAAUGAAUAUAUAAAGUAUAUUUUAUGGAAAGUAGACCAUUCUAAACUCUUCUAAUCACAAUUUGAUUAAAUAAAGAUACAUUUCAUUUUA